GACGCCCUCUAUUUAUUGUUUUAACAUACGAAUUCUAAGUACUUCCAUUCCGUGUGAGACAAAGUAGUUGAUGUUUUAACGGUUGAAGUAAUUUUUGUACUGUAGAAUCUAUUAUAUAUUUGAUAUUCUUUUUUAUAAUCUUCAAAAUAAUGAAUGGAUUAGUUGCUCUUGUAACGGGUGGUGCAUCUGGAUUAGGACUUGGUGUUGUACGGAGAUUUGUAAAAAAUGGUGCCAAGGUAGUUAUUGCAGAUUUGCCAAUAUCUAAAGGAAAUGAAAUUGCUAAAGAACUUGGGGAAUCUACUGUUUUUACACCAAUGGAUGUAAGUACAAAAGAUUUAUCACCUAUAUGUAACAUCAGAAGAUGAUAUAAACAAUACUAUUUAAUAGCUUAUGCUUACAAAAUAUAUAAUUUCAAUAAAAAUGUACCAUACAGUAUGGAAGAGUUUAAUAAGAUGUGUAAUGUAAAUAUUGGUGGAACACUUAAUGUUAUUAGAUUAUGUCUACCACUCUUGCAUAAGAACAGUGAAGGAGAGAAUGGAGAACGUGGAGUAAUAAUUAAUACAGCAAGUGUUGCAGCAUUUGAAGGACAAAUAGGUCAGAUAGGCUAUUCUGCUACCAAAGGAGCAAUUGUUGGAAUGACUGUACCAAUGGCUCGCGAAUUUGCUUCAGUUGGUGUUCGUGUUGUUACAAUUGCACCUGGGUUAUUUGAUACACCUCUGCUCGGAGCUUUACCAAGCAAAGUGCGUACAUUUUUAAUGAAAACUGUACAAUUUCCACAAAGAUUGGGUCAACCCGAUGAAUAUGCUCAGCUAGCACAACAUAUUGUUGAAAAUAAAUAUCUGAAUGGAGAAGUGAUAAGAUUAGAUGGUGGUCUCAGAAUGCAACCUUGAGUACAAAGUUCAUCAUGCAAUUGAAUGAAACCUCUUUUAUAAUUUUAAUUUUAAUUUUUUUACAUGUAUGUGGAAUUGGGUAAAGGAUUUAUAGAACAUGGAUAGUUUAUAUAAAAAUUAUAUAAAUGUGCAUA